AAUUCGAUACUUGUACUUCUGCUCGUGUUGUCUAUUCAUUCAAGUAUUCUACCGUUUCAGGUAUUAAAAACAGGUUUCGCGUAUUUGAAUAUGUUACAACAAAUGACGGGAUAAAAUGGAAUCCUAGAAAAAGUGUAACGUGUUUUUAAAAAUUGUAUAUAUAAAGAAUGAAAUAUACCUACGUAUAUUGUAUACAAUUUUUAUGUUAAAAAUUGAUGUCAGAAAUUGUGAAUUUCAACCGUAAUCAGAAUUGCUUUUUAAUUUGAACAAUUAAAAUUAGAAAACGUCAAUCGUGAAACUAUAAAAAAAUGUGAAAUAAAAUCGAAUCAUGAUAUAGUAAGUAUGAAUAUGGAAGUAAAAUUGCCUUUCGAAACUCUAAUUUCGAAAACUCUAAGUAGAAGAAUCAGCAACAAUUCAUACGGUUUACAAUUUCUAGUCGUAUCAUCAUUAUAUAUGUACACGUUUUCGUAAAAGAUGAUGUCGGCUUAUAUAAUCGAUAUACGAAUAUACAUGUAUAAUGGAUGUAAUGAAAAUAUGAAUUUAUAUAAAUAUGCGCAAUCUAUUUAUUGCGUUAAUUCUUAUUUUUAUUUGUAGUACUCUUCGAAUAAUGUAAAACACAACCAAAAAUUGACCUUCAGCACUUAGUAUUAAAAAAUAGCAAUUCCAUCCAUGAGAUUAUUUGCAAUUUUUGAAUACCCCAUUAAUCCCUUCCUGGAAAAGUUCCCCCAUCGUUGUCACGAAAAUUGAGUAUUUUAUUUUAUGCUGAUAAAGCGAAGAUCCAAACCAAGCGAAUUUUUAUCUCCACAUGAUAAUAAAAUUUACUUAAAAAUCCAUCAUGCUAUUGUAUUCAUUUAGUGUAAUAGAAUAAUAGCACACAAAUGUAGCUUAGAAAGAGUCUUGAAAUAUUUGAGUCCUGAAUGGCUGAAUUAAUCCAACCUACAUUAUUCGAGAAAUAUACAUUUUUCUAUACUUCCAAUUCAAUCCCGAUAUAUCGCACGAAUUAUUCUCCUUGCGUAUACACCAUCCACUACGUCACACGACAUCUUUUGAACUGUCGACAACUUUUAAACGUAUUCAGUAACUGCUUCAACAAGUGGUACAGAAACUGACUAGACAAAUCGAUCGGCAUGUACAAUUUAUAAUUCUGAGAAAGCUGCGCAAGCGUUAAGAAAUCCUGGUUCACUGGCACACGCGGUGCAGGCUAUUCUCGAUUCAGUUGUUUUUACAGCGUCGAUGAGUAGCCACCAUGACGAAUAAAACUGUGACUAUAAAGAUCGACUUUGAUGGCCGUAGCGACUACAGUCUUCAAUUAAAUCGCUGGUUCUUAAAACCGAUCGGUGCGUGGCCUUCUUUUCCCUCUACUUCGAGACUCGAAAGAAUCAUGUCCUUCGUUUUAAUCGUCAUCUGCUACGUCAUUUUAAUCUGCACUAUAAUCCCCUGUUUACUCCACAUAAUCCUGGAAAAUGAAAGUUUUCGUAUUAAACUAAGGCUGAUUGGACCUGUGAGUUAUUUGUGCGUCGGUAGCAUCAAUUAUACUACUCUGUUAUUACGAGGUAAAGAUAUACGAUAUUGCGUCGAGCAUAUGCAAGCAGACUGGAGAACAGUGAAGAGGGAAAAGGAUCAACAAGUGAUGCUGAAGAGCGCAAAAUUUGGUCGCUAUGUGACGGCUUCAACAGCGGCCUUCAUGCAAGGUGGUGUUUUUUGUUAUUGUUUCAUGACAGCGUUGAGCACAGAGGUAAUCCAAGUAGGUAAUGAAACGAGGAUCGUGCACCAGUUGCCAUAUGUGAUAUACAAAGAACUGAUAGAUAUCAAUGAAAGUCCUACGAAUGAGAUUAUUCUCUUUAUGCAAUUUUUAACUGGGUUCAUCGUAAGUUCUAGUACACUAGGGAUUCUCAGUAUAACGGUUGUUCUAAUUGCUCACGCGUGUGGCCAGUUGAAUGUUGUUAUGACAUGGAUCACAGAAUUUGUAAAUGAAUCGAGGAAAGAGAAAAUAGCUCCAUUUGAGAACAUAGGAAUUAUCGUGGAACGUCAUCUGAGAACACUGAGGUAUUCUGUUUUAUAUCGUUCUUAUAUGUUCUUGUUUGUAUUUCUGGAAUGGUCUGAUAGUGAUAUUCAAAUUUUGACCACCUAUUCCAUGCUUCUGGCUUCAAUCUGUUUCAACAUUUUUGUAAUAUGUUAUAUCGGUGAAACAUUGACAGAACAGAGCAAAAAAGUUGGUGACGUGGUGUAUAUGGCAAAUUGGUACUACUUAACCGAAAAGAGAAUCCUUGAGUUGAUUUUAAUCAUUAUGCGGUCGAGUGUGGUCGUUGAAAUCACCGCAGGGAAGAUAAUUCAUAUGUCCAUUCAAACGUUCAGUACUGUAAGCCUGCUUGAUAUUUCCGUUUAUGCUGGAACGCCAUCUAUCUGAAUUUAUUAAAGAGUUAAAAUAUAAAAUUUGGCUGUUGAUGAUCUCUUAUUUGAAUGAUAGAAAUUUGCGUUCCUAUAAGUAAAGUCAGACGAUGGAAGUUCGUUUAAUCAGACUACUGUACACAUUAUCUACAUAUUUAUCCUCAUGAAAUCAUUGUUAUUUCAGGUUAUAAAAACUGCUUUCACGUAUCUGAACCUGUUGCGUCAAGUGACGUAAUAAAAUAUAAUCUUAAAGUAUAGUUUAUACUGCACAAGUUUUUACGAUUUUAAGUAUAGAUACUGGCAAUAAUAUUGUUGAAAAUAUUGUUUGUAUUCGUGUAACUUUUAUGCAUGAUAUAUUUCUUAUACACCUUUUGCUAAGAUAUACUGAAAGAUAACCUCAACUUGUAUCACGAAACAAAUGUCUAUUCUAACUGUAGGAAAAAGAAUUGGAAUAUUAAACAAAUAAAACAAAACAUAUAUGAUUUUCCAUUAUUUAGAAUAAGUAAAUCACGGUACAUACAUAUGCAUAGAUACUGUAUUCAUUUUCUGACCAUCCAAUCUGUUCAUUUUACCUGACCAUCUUCGAAAGUGGAUAUCAAUUCUCCGCCGAUUAUUG